AUGGCGGAGGAACAGACCGAACAAGUAUCCCUCCAGGCGGAAGCAGCAGACAUGGAGUCAGCUACCGUUACGGAUCUUGAGGAGCCUACGGGUGACAACCCGGAGGAUGAGGAAGAGUACGACCCAUCCAGGACCUUUGACGACCAGCAGUACGCAGGUUCCGAAUCAGAACCCAUGGAAACUGUAGAGCCGACAGCCGACGAUUCGACUCCUCAGCCAACACCUUACAACCCCGAUGAAGCUGACCUUCGGGAGCUUGAAGCGGAGCUGAACGACGUCAAUUCAACGGCGGCGUCGAACGAAGCAGGCGAUGAUACGGCUGAGGUGACCGAGGCGCCUGCAACAAGCGGAGAGACGUCUCACGAUGAGGCUGAAAAGACGUCCCUAAACAUCUCCUCCGGUAAACCCGCACCACCCCAAUCUCGGACGAUCGGUGGCUUCGACGUCGAUGAUGAUGAGGACGAGGACGAGCCUGAGGAUGAGAACCAGGAGGAACAUAAACAAGAAGAAGAGGGAGAAGAAGAGGAAGCAGACUAUGAGCCACCAGCGGUGCUCGGAGUGGAUGAUUCGAAUGCCAUGCCUGUGACCAUGUCUGAAGAUCCAAGUUCAGAAAAUCAAAAUCAUACCACUUCCCCUGAUGCUUCAUUGCACACGAUGCAACCCUCUGUCUCUGGUCUAGAUGCUGCCACUAGCGCUUAUUCUCCUGCUCCCCUUUCCACCCCCGAUCCUUCCGGCUCAGCUUCCCAGCAGUGGACCCAAGAUUCAAACAUGAAGAACAGUACUGCUGAAAGCCUCGUACCUGGCUCGCCUUCCACCUCCAAAGGCCGCAUGGCGCAUGACCGGGUGGGAAUCUUGCAGGAUCGGGUGGAUGAGGACCCGAAGGGUGACAUCUCAGCGUGGUUGGAGUUGAUUGCAGAGCACAAAGCCCGCAACCGGUUGGACAGCGCGCGAGAGGUCUACGAACAAUUUUUGAAGGAAUUUCCUAUGGCGGCCGAACAAUGGGUCGCAUACGCCAUCAUGGAAUCUGAGCUGAAUGAGCUGUUCCGACUCGAGCAGAUCUUCAACCGGACUCUCCUCACUGUUCCCAGUGUUCAGCUAUGGUCCGUGUAUCUGGACUAUGUCCGUCGUCGCAAUCCUUUGAGCACAGAUACGUCAGGACAGGCGAGGAAGACCAUCUCUUCCGCGUAUGACCUCGCCAUCCAAUAUGUCGGAAUGGAUAAAGACAGUGGCAAUAUCUGGACCGACUACGUAGAGUUUAUUCGCUCGGGCCCAGGUACGGUGGGAGGCUCGGGCUGGCAAGACCAGCAAAAGAUGGAUCUCCUCCGCAAGGCCUACCACAAGGCGAUCUGUGUGCCCACCCAGGCAGUCAAUGCUCUAUGGAAGGAAUAUGACCAGUUUGAGAUGGGUCUCAACAAGCUUACGGGUCGAAAAUUUUUGCAGGAGCAAUCCCCAUCAUACAUGACUGCACGAAGCUCAUACACUGAGCUACAGAAUUUUACGCGCGACCUGGUCCGAACGUCUCUACCACGAUUGCCUCCGAUUCCUGGCUCGGAAGGCGACGUGGAAUUCACACAGCAGGUUGACAUCUGGAAACGUUGGAUAUCCUGGGAGAAAGAAGAUCCACUGGUUCUGAAAGAUGAGGAUGCACCUGCGUACAAGAACCGCGUUCUUUAUGUGUACAAGCAGGCUCUCAUGGCACUGCGGUUUGUCCCAGAAAUUUGGUUCGACGCAGCAGAAUUCUGCUUCCUGAAUGCCAUGGAUAAUGAAGGCCAUGACAUGUUGAAGCAAGGAGUAGAGGCUAACCCGGAAAGCUGCUUGCUCUCCUUCAAGAUGGCGGAUCGGCUUGAGGUCACUUCAGAUGCGGAGCAGGAUUCUUCUAAGCGAGCAGCAAAGGUCCGGGAACCCUAUGAUAAGCUUCUUGAUACGCUCUACGAGCUUCUGAACAAAGCGCGCAACCGGGAGUCUCAGGACGUGGCGCGAAUUGAGGAGGCAUUUGUCCAGCAAAACCCUGGCGCACAAGGCGCGCAAGACGAUGAUGACGAUGACGAUGGGGUUCCCAACGAGGCCAAGGAGCGAGAGGCCGCCAAACAAGCACAGAUUGAUGCCGUGCGCAAGGCCCAUUCCAUUCAGAUCAACCUUUUGUCGAAGACAAUCUCGUUUGCAUGGAUUGCGCUUAUGCGAGCCAUGCGCCGUCUUCAAGGCAAGGGAAAGCCAGGUGAGCUUGCCGGCUCCCGGCAGGUCUUCGCUGAAGCUCGGAAGCGAGGCCGAAUUACGAGCGAUGUCUACAUUGCUAGUGCUCUUAUGGAGUAUCACUGCUACAAGGACCCAGCUGCUACUAAGAUUUUUGAGCGAGGCGCGAAGCUCUUCCCUGAGGACGAGAACUUCGCUUUAGAAUAUCUGAAACAUUUGAUUGAUAUCAAUGACGUUAUCAAUGCCCGUGCUGUCUUUGAGACCACCGUACGCAGGUUGGCCGCCACUCCUGAAAAUGCCCACAAGGCAAAGCCCAUCUUUGCCUUCCUUCACGAAUACGAGUCGCGGUAUGGCGACUUAGUCCAGGUGAUCAGUUUGGAAAACCGCAUGCGCGAGCUCUACCCCGAGGAUCCGUCUUUGGAGCAAUUUUCUCAUCGCUUCACCACCUCAACCUUUGACCCAAUCCAUGUCCGUCACAUUAUCUCACCUUCACAGACCCGACCCAAAUCACAGAAUCAAUUGGUUGUACCGGAGACUCGGGCAACACCUGCGCCGUACCAAGACGUGUCUGCGGGCUCACCGAAGAGAUCCUAUCCUGGAGAUGAGAAUGACUAUGACUCCGACCGACCGCGAAAGUUUGCUCGAGCAGACUCUCCUCUCAAAGGCGCGCAGGGCCGGCGGAUUGACAUGCCGAAACGUGUCACCCAGUUGAACGGGCAGAAUACUUCUUCCUACAAGCCUCAAGGCUCCCCCGCUCCACUCCCGCGCGAUGUAGUUCAUCUACUCAGCAUCAUUCCGCCUGCUUCAUCUUACAACAUUGCCCGUCUGCUUCCCGAGAAGAUGGUGGAGCUUCUUCGACACGUUGAUAUCCCUGCCAGCACUGCUCAUAUUCCACUUCCCGCCAAUGUCGCACACCAGUACGGCGGUAAGUCCAAGGCCCGUCCGGAUUCUUAG